AUGACUAGCCCCGAUCGUAAGUACUCCACAGACAGCGAAGCACUCUGGUCCCAAAUCCGGGCCUCCAAGUUCAUGGCAGAGGACCCGGAGGCGUUUCUUGCACUUCUGGAAUCGCAAGUCUACGAGGCUCGUANCCGUUACCAUAAGGUGUUGUCCGCGAUCUCGCAGGACAUGCUUAUCAACUUCAGGGAUGUUUACAUGAACAUCCCUGCACAAAACCCGUAG